CUUUAUUCGACAAGUAGGGUCCUUUCAUUCCUGAGCUAACUAGGAUUAGCAGCUAAACAUGCCGACUGUCGGAGUUAAAAGGGACUUUCUCUUCAAAGCUUUGGGCAGAACAUACACUGAUGAGGAGUUUGACGAGUUAUGCUUUGAGUUCGGGCUGGAGUUGGAUGAAAUUACCUCAGAAAGGGAGAUAAUCAGCAAGGAGCAGGGUGACUCUAAAGCUUCAGAUGCAUCUGAUGUUAUUCUGUAUAAGAUCGAUGUGCCAGCUAACCGCUACGACCUGCUCUGUCUGGAAGGGCUUGUCCGUGGUUUACAGGUCUUCAAGAAUAAGCUCGAGGCGCCUCGAUACAGACGCUUGAGCCCAGGCAGUGGGGAGCCGCAGAGGUUGAUCAUCACUAAAGAGACAGCAGCAGUGCGACCCCAUGCAGUGGCAGCAGUGUUGAGGAACAUCACUUUCACUCAGCAGCGCUAUGACAGUUUCAUUGAGCUGCAGGAGAAGCUACAUCAGAACAUCUGCAGGAAGAGGAGCCUGGUUGCCAUUGGCACUCAUGACCUGGACACCAUCUCAGGCCCGUUCACCUACACAGCCAAAGCUCCUGGAGACAUCUGCUUCAGACCGCUGAACCAGACCAAAGAGUACACGGCUACCCAGCUCAUGAGCCUCUACAAGUCAGACAGUCACUUGAGACAUUAUCUCCCUAUUAUUGAAGACAAGCCUGUGUAUCCAGUCAUUUAUGACAGCAACGGCAUGGUACUGUCGAUGCCUCCUAUAAUCAAUGGGGACCAUUCAAGAAUCAAUUUAAAGACAAAGAAUGUCUUUAUCGAGUGCACAGCAACUGAUCUUACUAAGGCAAAGAUUGUGUUGGACAUGAUUGUGACCAUGUUCAGCGAGUAUUGUGCUCAGCCUUUCACGGUGGAGCAGGCUGAAGUGGUGUGCCCAGAUGGAAAGAUCUGCAUAUACCCCGAAUUAGCUUACAGGAAGGAGAAGCUGUCUGGCGAGUUCAUCAACAGAAAAGUUGGCAUUAGGGAAUCAACAGAGAGAGUUGCUCAGCUCCUGACCCGGAUGUGCCUCCUCUCCCAACCCACCGGCGUCGGUGAUGAGAUUGAGGUGGAGAUCCCCCCGACCCGUCCAGACGUCAUCCAUGCCUGUGACAUCAUGGAGGACGCCGCCAUCGCCUACGGGUUUAAUAAUAUCACCCGCACGACACCACGCACCUACACAGUAGCCAACCAGUUUCCUCUCAAUAAACUGACAGAGCUGCUGAGACAAGACCUGGCAGCUGCUGGAUUCACAGAGGCUCUCAACUUUGCUCUGUGUUCUCAAGAAGAUAUAGCAGACAAGCUUGGAAAAAAGAUCUCGGAAACCCGAGCUAUUCACAUUUCCAACCCCAAGACUGCAGAGUUUCAGGUGGCGCGCACCACUUUACUUCCUGGCCUGCUGAAAACCAUAGCUGCCAACAGGAAGAUGCCCCUUCCUCUCAAAUUGUUUGAGAUAUCUGAUGUGGUGCUGAAGGACGAGAGCAAAGAUGUUGGGGCAAGGAACAGUCGGCGUUUUUGUGCCAUUUAUUACAACAAGACUCCGGGCUUUGAGGUGAUCCACGGCCUGCUGGACCGAACCAUGCAGCUGCUGGAGGUGAAAGCAGCUCGUGGAGAGGGAUACCACAUCCAGGCUGCAGACGAUUCCACCUUCUUCCCGGGUCGCUGUGCUGAGAUCUUUGUCCGCGGGACGAGUGUAGGGCGUCUGGGAGUCCUUCACCCCGACGUCAUCAGCCGCUUCGAGCUGACCAUGCCCUGCUCUGCCUUGGAGAUGGACCUCGAACCUUUCCUUGGCCACACUGCUGAAAUCCUCCUCACACAUGACGUUCCCAUGCAGGAAACCUUCAAGCACCCGUUUCCAGCUUCCAGCCAAUCCCAGCCAAUUCUGCCAUCUCACCUGCAUUCAACUAAAACGGUGUUUGGCGAUUUGAGCUCACAGGCAGGCCUCAAGGCACUUAAUGACUUCCUGACAGACAAAAGCUACAUAGAGGGUUUCACGGCGUCCCAAGCUGACGCCGCAGUGUUCGACGCCAUCCCCUCUCCGCCCUCGCAGGCUUUUUGCCACCUCCGGCGCUGGUACUGCCACAUCAAGUCCUUCCAGACGGAAAGAGCGCGUCUCCCGUCAGCCAGGAGUCGGUUUGUUCUCCCACCCACUCUGCCUGCCUCCCCAAACAACACGAGCGAAGAUGACAUCGACCUUUUUGGUUCAGAUGAUGACGACGAAGAGAGCACAGAGGCAGCUCGGCUCCGAGAGCAGCGCCUGGCCGAGUAUGCCGCCAAGAGGGCUAAGAAGCCGACACUCGUUGCCAAGUCCUCCAUCCUCCUCGAUGUCAAGCCGUGGGACGACGAGACGGACAUGGCCAAGAUGGAAGAGUGCGUCCGUAGCGUCACUAUGGAGGGCUUGCUGUGGGGGCAGUCCAAGCUGGUACCAGUCGGCUAUGGAAUCAAGAAGCUGCAGAUAGGGUGCGUAGUGGAGGACGAUAAAGUGGGCACGGAUCUGCUGGAGGAAGCCAUCACUGCUUUCGAAGAAUACGUUCAAUCUGUGGAUGUGGCUGCCUUCAAUAAGAUCUGAAUCGAACAGAAUUAAUCAACUGAAUGAUAUUGCCUAAUGUAACCUGGUCCCGGCUGUAGUCGGUGUGCUAGCUUUCCGUUGAAAUUCAGGUGCGUCAAAGACUCAAUAUUCUUUGAUCCGUUGCCUUGAAGCUUCAAAUAAAAGCAUUUUGAUGUUUG